AUGCUGAUAACACUAGUUUGCCUAUCCCUGCUCGUAGUUCAAACGACGGUUUGCAAUUCAGUGCAUAAUUCCGCGCAGUGCGUAGUGCAAUUUACGGGGGAUGACAAUGUCGGUGUUGGCGUACUGAAAACGACACUCACAAACACUUCCUUCUGUGAGUACCGUGGAGUUCGAUAUGGCGAGACUACUGCCGGCGAACGGAGGUUUCGAUCACCCGUGGCAUACUUCCCCAAGGGACGCGAAAACUAUACGGCUUUGGGGAACAUCUGCCCGCAGCUCGAUGACAUUAACUAUCCGACAAAAGUUCUGGGGGACGAGGAUUGUCUCAACAUGAAUAUCUUCAGUCCUGCGAUGGAAGCCGAUCGAAGGUCCGGAAAAAGUUAUCCGGUGCUAGUGUUCAUACACGGUGGAAGUUUCACCAUUGGUUCGAAUGUUUUUGAUUCCGACCGAGCAGACCUUCUGAUUGAUAAUGGGAUCCUUGUUGUCAGCAUCAAUUACCGCCUAGAUGUACUUGGAUUUCUCCAUUACCCGAAGUUUAACAUUAGCGGGAACAAUGGUUUGAAGGAUCAACUAGCUGCCCUUCGGUGGAUUAACCAACAUAUUCGAUUCUUCGGUGGUGAUCCCAGCAAAAUUACGCUCAUGGGUCAAAGUUCAGGUGCGGCGUCAGUUAAUUAUCAUAUGUAUUCCGAGCAAUCGAAGAAGCUAUUCCAACAAGCGGCUAUUCUGAGUGGAUCCUUCCUAGCACCGUGGGCUUUUUGCUAUGAUUUUGAAAAGAAUGCUGAGUAUUACUUCCGUCACCUAGGAGUAUCGACACGCGAAGAAUUGGUACAGCGUGACUUCAAGGAUUUCUUCUUUCUUAAUGCUACGAGUCGACUGUUUGGAAUGGUGUUCGCUAGUAUGCAGUUUCCCAGCUUCGUUCCAACUUUCGAAAGUCCGACGAGUUCGGAUGCUUUCCUGACUGCAGCUCCCCACGAUUUAUUCGCCAACAAGCCUAUCCAUGACAUUCCCCUGCUAGUGGGACACACCUCGACAGAGUUUGAACUGCUUCUGAAUUAUGUACAGGAUUACUCCUCGUGGGAUGAGAAUUUCCCCAACCAGAGAAACAAAACGCUACUGCUUUACAUCGAGAGCUUCCUUCGUGCGAUGGCCGAUCACACGCAAGAAGUUGCCCUAGUCAAGGAUCGAUUCGAGUUCUUUCGGAAAAUAGCAAACCUUGCCAACGUUGACUUUCCGAUAGAGCAUUUUCUAGAGCAUAUCGCCCAGAAAGGACAGUCGGCUCCGGUGUUCAUGUAUCGAUUUGAGUUUGAUGGCAAAUUUGGCCACUACAAGAAUGUGUUCUACCGUAAGCGGGUUGACAGGACACGGUAUGGGGCAAUUCAUGGAGAUGAUUUGGGCUAUAUUUUCUCGUCUUACAAUGUGGACCAAGCACUGGAGAGAAGAGACGAAUUCCAGGGGGAGUGGAUGAUACACGAGCAAAUGGCAAAAAUGGUUUCCAGAUUUGUGAAAUUUGGAAACCCUUCUUCGAAAGAUGUCGAUUGGAGACCUUAUAAUUCUUCGUCGGGAGAGAAAUACUAUUUGAACAUAAAUCACACGUUUGUGUUGAAGACGAAAAGUAACAACGAAACGUAUUAUUACGAGUUUUGGAAGAAUAUCUACAACUGCUAUUAUUACUAUCAAUGCUCAUUAUUUGAGCCGUUGGACCUAAGUACUAAUAGUGUAAAAUAAAUUCACAUUCAAGUAAUACGAGUUUGAGCUAUGUAUAUCAGAAGUGGGAGUAAAUUGAUCAUCUUAAGAAAUAUGCCCAUUUAUUGCGUCGACUUAUCGUUACAA